UUCGAGCUGUUACACCCUCACUUCCAACAUUAGCGUCGGGCAGCUGCCCGUCAAAAACCCUACGCUCUCUCUCUGUCUCUCUCUCUCUCUUCCUCUGGGCUUACUAUAUAAACCCCACCACCCACUAGCCAUUGCCAUACGCACUCUGCUUUGGCUCUCCUGCAAAUUCCUCUUCGGAAAAUCUCAAACUUUUCCCAGAGGAAUUAGUUGCAGGCUUCAAUUCUCUCUUUCCUUCUUAAUUCCUUUCUGCCAAAUUAAUCGGUUGCCGCCAUCGUCAAUGGAGGCUUUGAAGAUGAUGAAGCUGUUCGUGGCCGUGGCCGUGGCCGUCGUCCUGGCGGCACUCUCGAACGCCGCCGCCGCCGCCGCCGGAGCCGAAACUCCGACUCCCGGCCCUACCUCCGACGCCGCGGCCUUCGUCCCUGUCGCCUUCGCCUCUCUCAUUGCCCUCGCCUUUGGCCUCUCAUCUCUUCUGAACUGAUGGACUUUUUCCAUCUACCUGGCUUCUGGGAUUUUGAGAUUUUCUCUCUCUUCAAUUCCUGGUGUUCAUAAAUUCAUAUACAGUUCAGAGAAUGGCUUGAGAAAUUUCUUUAUUUUUUAAAACUAUUAGACCUUAAUUUAUGCUUUAUAUGAUGUGAUUUUCUGUGAUUCGUAGGAUCUGUUUGGGAGUGUGAUUCAUGUGUUUGCUCUUUGUAUGAUAUAUAUAAUUUUAACCCUCUCUCUCUCUUUUUAGGGUAAUAAAAAAAUAUCAGAGGGGAUUUGUCUUCAUCUUCUUCUUCUUUCGUUUUCUUCAUGAUCAUUUUCUGUCAUCUGUUGUAUCAAUGAGAUUUAUUUGUACUAAUAAAUUUUACAUUUGUUUAUUA